GAUGGAGCUAGCUGAACAAAUCACUCUUCUCGAUCACAUUGUCUUCCGGAGCAUUCCCUACGAGGAGUUCCUGGGCCAAGGAUGGAUGAAGACAGACAAGACAGAGAGAACUCCAUAUAUCAUGAAGACAAGUCAGCACUUCAAUGAUAUGAGUAAUCUCGUGGCCUCACAGAUCAUGAGCCACACAGAUGUGGGCUCUAGAGCCAGCUCUAUUGAAAAAUGGGUAGCAGUGGCUGAUAUUUGCCGCUGUCUCAACAAUUAUAAUGGUGUCUUGGAGAUCACAUCUGCCCUGAACCGGAGCGCCAUCUACAGGCUAAAGAAGACAUGGGCUAAAGUGUGCAAACAGACUAAAGUACUAAUGGACAAACUUCAAAAGACUGUGUCAUCUGAGGGAAGGUUUAAAAACCUGAGGGAAACUCUAAAAAACUGUAAUCCACCUUGUGUUCCAUAUCUGGGUAUGUACUUGACAGACCUCGCAUUUAUCGAAGAGGGAACACCAAACUUCACAGAGGAAGGUCUGGUUAACUUCUCAAAGAUGAGAAUGAUAUCUCAUAUCAUACGAGAGAUCCGACAGUUCCAGCAAACUCCCUACAGAAUUGAGCACCAACCAAAGGUUAGACAAAUUAUUCAUAUUCAGAUCAAGUUCUGA